CGCCCAGCCGGGGCUGCUCCCGCCGCCGCCGGGAAGCGCGGGGGGUCCCCGGCGGCCGCCCGGCCUCCGCCGUGACAUAGGAAAUAAAAUAAUGCUAAUGAAGCAACCAUUUCUCUGAAGUUUGAGUUUUCAGACUCACUGCCAUAAUGGAUGAGCAGCAAGCUUUGAAUUCAAUCAUGCAGGAUUUGGCUGUGCUUCAUAAGGCCAGUCGUCCUGUAUUGCCCCAGCAAGAAACAGGAAAACCAAAGUCAUCUUCCCCUAAAAAACAGAAUGAUGUUAGAGUCAAAUUUGAGCAUCGAGGUGAAAAAAGAAUCCUGCAAUUACCAAGGCCUGUUAAACUUGAAGAUCUUGCAGCUAAAGCUAAAGUUGCUUUUGGACAGACUAUGGAUUUACAUUACAGCAAUAAUGAGCUUGUAAUUCCAUUAACCACACAGGAUGACCUGGACAAAGCUGUUGAACUACUUGACCGUAGUGUACAUAUGAAGAGUCUCAAGAUACUGCUUGUAAUACAUGGAAAUACACAGUCACCCAGUGUAAAUAAUGUGGAACCCUUGCCCUCACUGGAAGAUUUAGAUAAUACAGUGUUUGGUGUGACAGACAGAAAAAGGCGACUCUCUGUAAUAGGCUCUAAUACUCGUGACAGGAGUUCACCUCCCCCAGGAUACAUUCCAGAUGAGCUGCAUCAGGUGGCUCGAAAUGGAUCCUUCACCAGUAUCAACAGUGAGGGUGAAUUCAUUCCAGAAAGUAUGGAUCAGAUGCUGGAUCCAUUGUCUUUGAGCAGUCCUGAAAACUCUGGCUCAGGAAGCUGUCCCUCGCUUGACAGCCCGUUAGAUGGGGACAACUAUCCCAAGUCUCGGAUGCCAAGAGCACAGAGCUAUCCAGAUAAUCAUCAGGAAUUCUCAGUAGAGUAUGAUAUCCCAAUAUUUGAGAAAUUUGGAAAGGGGGGGACUUAUCCCAGAAGAUACCAUAUUUCAUAUCAUCAACAAGACUACAAUGAUGGUCGUAAAACUUUUCCAAGAGCCAGAAGGACUCAGGGCAACAGCUUCCGAUCCCCAGUCAGUUUCAGCCCCACUGAUCACUCACUGAGCACCAGCAGUGGGAGCAGCGUCUUCACGCCGGAGUACGAGGAUAACCGCAUGAGGAGGAGGGGCAGUGACAUAGACAAUCCCACCUUGUCAGUCAUGGACAUCAGCCCACCCAGCCGCUCACCACGAGCUCCAACUAACUGGAGACUUGGUAAACUGCUGGGUCAAGGUGCCUUUGGCAGAGUGUAUCUGUGUUAUGAUGCUGACACUGGACGAGAACUGGCUGUUAAACAAGUGCAGUUUGAUCCCGAUAGCCCCGAAACCAGCAAGGAAGUAAAUGCACUUGAGUGUGAGAUUCAGUUGCUGAAAAAUCUGCUGCAUGAAAGAAUUGUUCAGUAUUAUGGCUUCUUGAGAGAUGCACCUGAAAGGACACUCUCAAUAUUCAUGGAGUACAUGCCUGGGGGUUCCAUCAAAGACCAAUUGAAAUCGUACGGAGCGCUCACCGAGAACGUGACUCGGAAAUACACACGGCAGAUUCUGGAAGGAGUUCACUAUUUGCACAGUAAUAUGAUUGUCCAUCGAGAUAUUAAAGGAGCAAAUAUUCUGCGAGACUCAGCAGGCAAUGUGAAGCUUGGUGACUUCGGUGCCAGCAAACGGCUGCAGACCAUCUGUCUGUCUGGUACGGGAAUGAAGUCUGUCACAGGGACUCCCUACUGGAUGAGUCCUGAAGUUAUUAGUGGAGAAGGGUACGGCAGAAAAGCAGACAUCUGGAGUGUAGGUUGCACAGUGGUAGAAAUGCUCACUGAGAAGCCCCCGUGGGCAGAGUUUGAAGCCAUGGCUGCCAUCUUUAAAAUUGCCACUCAGCCAACCAACCCCCAGCUCCCUCCUCACGUCUCCGACCACGCUCGGGAUUUCUUGAAACGGAUUUUUAUCGAGGCCAAGCUGCGACCGUUUGCAGAUGAACUGCUGAGACACACGUUUGCACACUAUCACUAACACCUGCCUCAACUCAGCUUGCAUCUACUGCAUUUAUUUUCUAUUUGACUGCACUUUUAUUUUUUAUUUUUUACAAAGAAAAAGGAGAAAAAAAAAGACAAGAGAGAGAAUAUUCUCUUGAAUCUUUGUUUCAUUUAGAUUGUAAACAAUCUAAAAUUUGUAUCUAAAAUGAGAAUCUUCUCUUCCCCCCUCCCACCAGGACUAGAACUUUUUGUUUCUAUAAUGUACUGAUGUGGUUGAUGUAGAUAAAGCACUUUAGUACAUAUUUGUUCCUUAUUUAAAGAGGAAAAAAAUUACAAAUGCUUGGACAGUCAGGAACUGUGUGACUUUUUCUGACACCGCUGACUGACUCAGGGUGCAGGGAAGAAUAGACAUGCAGCUAAUGGACAAGAAGGUUACUUCUAUGUGAUUCUUAUCUAUAUUGUAGGUACUUGCAGCAGAGAUUUCUAAGUUCUUACUGUAUUUUAGCAUUUAAUCAGCUUCUGGAAUGUACAGUUUAAGCAGGAACAUGUGGUUCUGAGAGUUAAUUGAUGAAGCUGGAAGAACUUGGAACUCUUUGUGCAGCAGCAUGUCUAGCGGGGACUUCUAUGUGACCAAAAGAAAAUAACAAAAACGAGCUCAAAACUGAUGUACUAGUUAGAGGUUUUGGUGUAGAAUUAUUGUAUUAUCUUAAUGUGAAAAUAAUUACAGGUAAACAGAUUAUGGGCCCAGACUCCUAGAAACUACUAUACUGCAAAGGGGAAAUUUUCCAUGCUAGACAAGGGUCAGCUAUUGGAUGUAAAUAGUUAGGAGAAUGCCUCCUGCUCUAUCUGCCAAAGAGAACCUCUGUUGCAUAAGCUUUGAGGGAGCCAGUUAUCUUAGCUGAUAAAAAAUACUGAUGUUGAGGGUCAAUUCUCCUCCACAGUCCCAUGAAUGGCUGCAGGUGAAAGGGAAUGACUAAUCCUUGUGCAGUAUAUGAGUUACUGGAUUCAGAAUGAGCUAUAAGAAAUAUUUGCAAAGCUGUUGAGAGGCGCUAGGAUGGAAUGUAUGUCAACAUCAAGUGCCUGAAUAAUAUAAAAUUCUUCCCAUUCUGCACUAAAAAAAAUUGGUUUAGUAAUGCAGGUCAGUCAUCUAGGAUGCAUUGAAAAUUCCUGAAAUAAUGUCAAACAUCUCUUAACAUCAGGAAAGAGUCACUGAGAAAGCUAAGAUUCCAGUUAUAUUUUUAAUAAGGUUGCACUGAUGAAUCCUAUGAAGAAGGAGGCACAGCACAGAAAAUUGUACAGAGAACAGGCCAAAAGUGCAGAGAGCCAGCAAUUAAAUAACAUGAGUGUGAAUAUUCCAGCCUGAUAAUCCAGAUUGGUAUUUGUCAGAUUUCCAGCUGUCAUAAAGUGUACGUUAAUUACUUUUUCUAUUUCUGAAAGAGCAUAAUAAAAGAAUUAAAAAUCUGAAAUAAUGCUUCUCAGCUGAGAAGCCCAGGUACUGAUCAGGUGUAGUGAAUAACUGUCUUUUCACAAUAGAAAAUCAGACUCUCAUAUUUUUGUAGAAGAACAGAGCAUAGAUAAUUUAAAGGGGCAUUUGGAAAUAAACUAUUGGACAACAGAACUGAAAUUAUGUUUACUGUUUUGGAUGAUUCAUUGCUUGCUUUUGUUGUUUUUUAAAGGCAGAGCAGGCUGGUACUGUUACCCUUGUCCAGUCUGACAAGGCUCUACCUGUUCUGCAUCUUUAGAGGACUAUCAGGUUUACAAAAUGCAUGGAGACAGAACAAUAAGCUUACCCAUUCCCACAGUCACUCACAUAUGAGAUUUCUGAAUUUAUUCUGCUGAAUUCCGUAUGUUUUACCAGAGCAUAAGCAGGAGUAUGGAUCUAUCCUAACCACUUUACCUGUAGUGGAGUAAGAAAGACUUUUUUGUGGCCAUCUCUCCAGAGACUGAGAGUGGUGAUUUCUUCAGCUUAUGUGAGUAUUUUACCCAACUUAAAAUUUUCUUGGUCAGGGUACACAACUGUGCAAGGUUUCCUCAGCACAGGAGGAACUUCCAUACCAGGAAUAGUGUAAAAGGCUGAAAGGAAAGGCAGCUUGUACUGACUUAUUUUUUUUUCUCUGUCACUAGAUAAAAGCUAUGAAGCAGCCUUUAAGAAGAAUUGGUAUGUACUCUGCUGUAAGGAGCCUUUGCUUUAUAAGCAAAUUUUAGUGACAGUAGGAAUGGGAAGUUUAAUGUAGAACCUAAUAGUUUAUGUAGGUAAUUUUCAAGAUCAUGUAAUUGAAAUUAUUAAUUUCAGACUAAUAAGGUACCAAAACCAAGGUGAAAAUGUAUAUAAAAAUCCAUAGUGGUCAGUGAUUCCUGAAAAGGUAAGGAAAUUUUAUAUUACCAAAAAAGGACAUUAAAGGGAAAAUGUAACCAGGUUUAUCUGUAGCAUUCAUAACAUUUAAAUAUACUAUUCUAAAGAGAAACUGCACUCUCUGAAGCUUGAAAAUUUUCAGAAUCUAGUUUUCUUAUAAUGUGACCUUUCUGUGAGACAGUGCUGGAUCAUGUAUAUUGCAAUAUCACUUCCUUGUUGUGAUUUUUAAUUACUGAACAAUCAAGUUUGCUGCUUUUGUGCCUUUUCUAAAAAAAAAAAAAUGGCAUUCAGUCAUGACAACGGUCAGCAUUUUGGAGCCAGGAAAAAAAGCAACUUUCAGAAUGCAUUUUUCAUCAUGUCUUUAGCAUGUCAGAAAGCUGCCAAUGUAAAGAUUGUGCUUCUUAAAUGAAGUUGACAUUUUCCAGUUUGAGUAGUUCUAGUAAAAUUUUAUAAAUUUAACCAAGAUUAGUCUUGAGCUAGUUUUUUUUCACCCUAAAGAUAAUUUCUCUAUUGACUUAAAUAACUUACAGUAAAUCAGAUGGUUAUUAACACAAAUAUUUUGAGCUAGAACUAAUUAUGAAGCAAAAUCAGGCUUUUACCAAGAGGUUGUCUAUUACUUACCCCUAGUGGGGUAAUGUAGUAAAACAACCUAUAUACAGGGUUUGUUAAACACUUACAGGGGCUCCUGGGGUCAUGGUGAAUGACCCCUCAUUCUAGAAUUUGUGAGGUUGCAUGGAAUUUCAAGCUUUAAACUCCAUUGGAGGAGGAUUGCAAAGCCAAGGUCCCUACUCACAACUUCUUGUAUCCCACUUAAAAAGCCACCAGCAUUUUAGAAUCAUGAAUUGGUCUUAAUUAUUGAAUCCAAUUAUAAAAAAAUUCCAGUGAAAGCAAUACUGCUGCAGGGAUGGUUUGCUUUUCUGUAAACAGCAUGAUGAAGCUGUACUCCCAAAAAAUAAGGGUUGAAAUUCAUGGUGAGUAUUUGUAUUUUCAAAAGUCUUACUUAUCUAAUGAUUUUUAGUAUUCUGUCUGUUGCACAUAUAUAGUGAGCAAAGCUACUUCUGUGGUAUGGUUUUAAUGGUGUAACUAACAGCCCUGUUAGAGCAUGACUCAAGGUUUCAGUUGUGUU